UGCUAGUAAGAAACAUGAGAAAGUUUUCUGCACAUCUUGACUGCAUGGCAUAAAGUUACCAUGGAGGCAAAAAACACAAAAGACUAUUUUAAGAAGCUGGAAAUAGACAUUGAAAAGGGCAGUGGAGACCACCAGCCUCAGGAAGAAUGUGAUGGUCUUUCAAAGCUCCCGCGUAGUGUCAUACUGAAGAUCUUUCAGUGUCUACGUUUACGAGACUUGCUAAAAUGUGCUGAAGUGUGUUACUCAUGGAAGGCUGUAGUCCAGUCGGGGACACUAUGGAAUCAGAUUAACUUCUCUGUAGAGGCAGACUGGAUAACCGACAGCACAGUGAAGCAGAUUUUGAAAAGCUACCGCCCAUUUGUUCGGUAUCUCAACCUGCGUGGCUGCACUUCCCUACAGUGGCACAGCUUGAAAUUUAUCAGUGAAUGCAGAAAUCUUCUGGAACUCAACAUGUCAGAGUGUUCUAAUAUUACCGAUACGAUGGUUCAGAGAAUCGCAGAGGGCUGUCCCUCCCUGCUCUACUUGAAUCUAUCUUGCACACUUGUUACAAACAUAACUCUCAGAGAACUCUCCAGGAACCUGCUCAGCCUUCAAUACCUGAGUUUGGCUUACUGCUAUAAAUUCACAGAUGAAGGUUUUCUGUACCUGACAACAGGAAAGGGCUGCCGCAGACUCAUCCACCUCGACCUGUCCGGCUGCACUCAGAUGACAGUAAACGGGUUCAGGUACAUUUCGACUGGAUGCCCCUCCCUAACUGAGAUUGUGCUCAAUGACCUGCCCACCCUCUCAGAUAACUGUAUCAUGGCCCUGGUUGCUGAAUGUCGCUGUCUUUCUGCUGUUUCUCUGUUGGAUGCACCUAAUCUGUCUGAUGCUGCUCUAAGAGCCAUUGCUAAAGUAGCCAAACUCCGGACUUUUAGCACAGAGGGCAACAAUCAGUUUACAGACUGGAAGGCCCUGUGCACCAGCUCCCCAGACCUCUGCACACUUCACGCCACAGAAUGCCUCAGAAUGACUGAUGCCAGCCUCAGAUCUGUGGGGGCCCUCAAGAACCUGCAAUACCUUAACAUCUCACUAUGUAUCAAUGUGACCAAUGCAGGGAUCCAGUACUUGACUGAAGGCGCCUCAUCAGCCAAACUGCGAGAGCUGAACAUCAGUCACUGCAGUCGCAUCAGUGACACAUCUGUCAAGAGGAUCACACAAAGGUUGUGUCAACUUUACCAUCUCAACCUGAGUUACUGUGAAGGAGUGACUGACGUGGCUCUGAAGUGGCUGAGUGACAGCUCUAUCUGCUCACUUGACAUCAGUGGCUGCAACAUCCAGGAUCAGGGUCUUGCUACUCUGAAGAGACUUCCCUUGAAGAAUUUGGUUCUGGCCAAGUGUGUCUUUGUCACGGAUGUUGGCAUAGAGAAGCUCUGCAAAAACAUGAGAGAUCUGGAACAUGUAGACGUGUCUCACUGUGUAGCUCUGUCUGACUCGGCCAUUAGAGCUCUGUCUUUUCACUGCAGAGGCCUUAUCACACUGCGGAUGUCAGGUUGUACCAAGAUGACAGAUAUGUCGGUUCAGUACCUGACAACUGGAGCUCAGUACCUGAGGGAACUCGACGUGAGCGGCUGUGUUCUUCUCACUGAUCGCACUCCCCACUACUUGGAAAGGAUCUGUCCUCCACUCUGCUCCGUUACCAUGACCUGCUGCAGUGGUAUCUCCAAAUCUGCUGCCUUAAAGCUGCAGCCACGUGUGGACUCUUGGGAACACAACAGCGUUCACCCUCCCUACUAGUUUGGAUAUAAUGACCUAUAAAGACUGAGGACACUGGGGAAGAAGAGGAGGAGCAAAUAAUGAAGACAAGAACAGCAAGUACAGAUAGGAUGGAAAAAUAACAAAAUAAAUCAAGAUACUGCAUAAUAAAAAAUCAUAACCACCAGUUUGUUUGUUUU